AAACACAAAUAAUUUAAGAGAGCUUUUUAUUUUUCUACAUCCCAUUAGAUAAAUAAUUUAGAUUGCAAAAAUGGUCGGAGUUAUGGCUCGGAAACCUCUAAGUCACCGGAUUUUGACAUGGGAUAACCGGGAAACUGAGAUUUUCGGUGAGCCUGCGAUAAAUAAUUCCGACACCGUUUUCAGCUUUCUAGACGAGGAGGGUCAAAGUUCGUCACCGGAAAGUAUUAACGAUGAGGUUUAUGUUAAUAACCGAGAUGACGAGGACGACGAAAACGAAAACAAAGAGAAUGUCGAAGACAAUCAAUUUUGGGAAAAUCAACAUCAACUUUUACAAUCUGUAUUAUGCCGAACAACAUCGUUGGAAUCACAAAUCCGAAGCAUUACUAAAGAAACAGUAAAAGAAACAAAGCAGUCGGAAAAUGGUUGCUCUUGCCGGAAAAUGGCCGACAACGGCUGCCGGAACUGUCUGAUGAAAGAGGUGUUCGACCGUCUACAAAAUGCUGGAUUUAAUUCAGCAAUUUGUAAGUCUAAGUGGAAGAGCUCACCAGAUAUUCCCUCAGGCGAACACACAUUCAUAGACGUGGUGGACAAUUCGAGCCUUAAAAAAGGAGAAGUGAGGGUAAUUAUCGAAUUAAAUUUUCGAAGCGAAUUCGAAUUAGCGAAAGCAAGCGAAGAAUACAAUCGACUAGUCAAAUGCCUGCCAGAAUUGUUUGUAGGAAAAAUAGAGAGGUUAAUGUCAGUAAUAAAGAUUUUGUGUAAUGCGGCAAAGAAGUGCAUGAAGGUGAAGAAAAUACAUGUUGCACCAUGGCGGAAACAAAGAUACAUGCAAGCUAAGUGGCUUAAAACAGUUGAACGCACGGCAGCAAAUGUUAAACUGCCUGUAUCAAACGAAGAAUAUACAAGUCCACUGCCAAGGCGGCCAAGGGCGUCGAUGCUUACAAUGGAUUUGUUGGAAGUUUUGCCUAAUUUACAUUGCACUGCAGUUGAAGUAGCAUGAAGGGAUAUGGACCUCUUUAAACAACAGUAGUUUGUAUCCAUCGAUAUGUAAUGUAUGUAGUUGAAUUAAUAUUCAUUUUCUUUUCUAGGAUUUAGUUAGAGCUAAUUGUAAUAUUGUUAUUACUGCAUGAUCAAAAUGUGAGCAAGUUCACCAUUAUGUCCAA